AUGGCACAGACAAUCAUAUUACCUUUUCUCCGGCAAAAAAAGUCUAAAAAAGCCAAUUUAAACGUACCAAGUCGAUAUGAGUUACCGCUUUCAAUAAUACGAUCUUUCAGCUUUUUGCCAUCUCUAUUCAAUUUAGUGCAUAACCUCAAGCAGCUCUCUCAAUUAUCGUACCCAGCUGUUAGCGAUGUUAAGAUACUCAGGACAGAAACUUAUGUUGCAUGUUUAUGGUGCUUAUUGUCAGGUUAUUGGACUUGGACCCUAAGUAGGGCCAUGUUAGAUCGCUGGUUAUAUACCUAUGAGGUAAAAAACGCUGCUACUCGACUUUUAGUAUUCAUCAUUGUUACUGGAUACGUUCUCAACCUCAUCAGCUCAUCAUUCGUGGCCCAACAAAAACCACUACUUGGGCAAUUAAUAAUCUGCUUCGCCUUACUCAGUUUCAACGUGUUAAAGCUUAAAUUUACAACUGAUUGGAAAUAUCAGAAAAUGGAGGACGUUCUACCGACCAGCAAAAGAAAGUCUGACUUAUCGUCAAGAAAUAGCAGCAGCAUCUACAAUAAUACUGCUGCCCGUGUUCUCUUGCUUCCUCUAGUGAUAGUAAUGGGAUUAUCCAUAUUGGUUCUAUCAGAUCAGGUUUAUCUGAGUCAUCACCGUAAUGUUGCCCUUAUAGAUGACGAAAACUUCCUUCUUGAUCAUGAUCUGGCCAGUGGUAUCGAAGCAAUAAGCACCGCUGGCGGUGCAGCCACUAUCCUUGUGCUUAUAAUAUCCUCAUGGUCAAGCGAAGCGGCUCAAAGGCGACAUGCGUUGAGAGAAACCACUAUAAAUUGGAUAAAUGCUAAUAGACCAGAUUCAUCUAAUAUUAUCUAUCGCUUUGUAAUCGGCCAGCCACCAUCAUACAGUGCGCAACGAGAAAGGGCAGCUGCUAUUUUAAAAGAAUCAGAAAAGUAUCAUGACAUGUUGAUGGUCCCUGCUUCAGACCUCCGUGUGGAUAAAAGUCAAAAACUUUUCCAAGCGUUACGCUGGACAUCUAUUGCACAAAUCAAAUAUGAUUACUUGGUCAAGACGGAUGAUGAUGUGUUCAUACGAUUUGAUAAAUUACGUGAAGAAUAUACAAAAGUUCAAGAUAACCACUGGAGGGGAUUUGUUUACAGAAAUUUACCGACAACUUAUUUCAGACCGAGCAAAUUUGAAAGAGAGGUUGAUUAUACUCUGCCUAUUUUACCCAAGUUCACUUCAGGAACAUUUAUUCUACUAUCCAGCAACGUUGUUAAAAUGAUCAUUGAAACCAACUAUCCUCAGAAGUUUGUUGAGAAAGAUGAUGUUAACCUUUCCUUAUGGUUGUUCGGUUUUAAUGUCAACCCUACUCAUGAUAAACGUAUACAAGAUGAUAGUGACGUAUGUGAAGAGGACUUCUUAGCACAGCGCAUGAGUUCUUUGCAGCAACUCAAAACAAUGUACAGCAAUAUUAUCAAUCAAAAACCUCAAUGCACUGGUUUGAAUAGCCAAAAUAAGUGUGCCUUGUGCUAUUCCUGUUAUGAGAAGGCGACUAAUUGGCGUGCUGAAAAUUUCCAUUGUACUGAUGAGCAAGGGGUUUCUUUUACAUAUCAGCCUGAAUUUAAGAAAAUCGCAUCGCCUAAUGUCAAAGAUCCUGCCAUACCUUCUAUUAUUGGAGUGAAUGACGAAUGGAUAAUAAAGGAUGUUUUAUCUGCGCGUACAUCAGUCUACACAGAAGAUGAGGAGAACUGGCAUUUGCUUUACUGGGUCUGCUGGACAAGUGACCCCUCUACCUUUACUGAUCGCCACUGGCGCGCUUUGGAAAUGGUUUGGAUACAUGAACCAAAUGCUGUCAUAUUCAUGAUUUCCAACUCUUUACCCCAGGAUUUUUUCAACGACUACACUCGCCGUGGUUAUCGAAUUCAUGUUGUUAACUUCAAUAAGGAGAACCUAUUACGAUGGCAUUGGUAUUUUGGCGCUGGCACCUUAGAUUGGAUCAAAGAUUGGGAAAAAUGGGAAAACGGUAAAUUCUUCUACUGGCAUUUGACCGAUUACAUUCGCUGCCUAUUAUUGUACAAUUACGGAGGCACUUAUAUGGAUAUGGAUGCUCUUUGGAUACGAGUCCCACCCAACAAUCAACUGGAAUUCAUCGGGUCUGAUUACUCCCAAAUUUUGUCAGAUCGUGCCUGGACUUUAAAUGAUAAGGGCCUUUACCUACCUCAGGGCGUUAUGCGGUUCAAACGCGGGUGGAAAUUAUUCAGAGAAAUGGCAGAGAAUGCUUUUACAGCAUACGCUUAUGAUCCUGAUUGUUUCAAUUGUGGCGGCCCCAAAGCUAUCACAUCUUACGUUCGUGAUCGCCGUAUGGUGCUCGAAGAAGCCGGAUUCACCAUUUUACCACCUGAGGUGCUUUAUCCUAUCAACUAUCUUGAUAUUCACAAGCUUUUAGAGCCAGAUCCUUUGGCAGAACAAGAGCUAAGGUCCUCUAUUGCACCUUUCACUUGGAAUAUCCAUUUGUUCGGUAAAAUGACGAAUCACUUGCCUAUUCAGCCAGUUAGUGUGAUUGACUACGUGUUUAAGAAAUUUGACUUGGAUAUUCCUCACCGAGACACUACUACAUCCAAAUAUAUCUCCUCCACAGGUACUUCAGAUGUACCUCUACGUCUAAUGGGUCCUCGUGACUAUAUUUAUCGAGCUAUUUCUGAAACUAUGCUUAAGGAAGAUGAACAAAAAGGGAACUCACUGAAAUUACAAUCUGUUCCUGGUAAAUUCCAAGGUUUGGAUAUAAUUUACAUACGAGGAGGCCCUGAUCGUAUCCCGAGAUUAACUAUCGAAGCGGAAGCAGCCGUUGCUAAUUUGCAUUUGAGUACUGAUGUCAAUAACAAUAGCGGCUCUUAUGAAAGACGCAUCAGAUAUAAUUUAGAAGAUGUAUCUAUGCAAGAAGUCAAUGCAGUUCUAAACUCUAUUGAAUAUCGACCCACAAAUCUUAUGCUAGCGAACGGAGGGCGAGACCAUAUUACUGUGAAGAUUAUAUUUGAAGAUGAAAAAGGUGCCAUACGUGAGCAGCAGCAGUUAGACAUUUCCGUCGUUGUUAUAGAGCCUGCAGAAGAGGAUGUACUGCUAAAUUCAGACAUCGAUAUCGAUAUAGAAAAUUAA